UCCGAAUCAUCACUCAUUCUGCAGUUAGGAAACAAGUAAGACCUUCUACCAAGGCAUUAGAUAGUACAUGUUUUUCAGUGACCAGAAACUUACAUCUAACAUGCUCUGCUGCCUCUUAGCUCUUCUGCUCCCCCUGGUGGUGAACUCCCACCCCGUCGGUCGAAGCCUGCUGCCCUUGGACUGUGAGGACAUCUUCCAAAAUGGGUCAGUGCACAACGGGGUUUACACCAUCUACCCGACAACGGAGGACAAGCCUGUGGAGGUGUACUGUGACAUGGGGUGUACAGAGGAUGAGAAUCACAAAGAGGGACAGUGGACGGUGAUCCAGAGAAGAAUGGAUGGCACUGUAAACUUCUACCAGCCCUGGGAUCACUACAAGGAGGGCUUUGGGAACAAGAACGGAGAGUACUGGCUGGGUCUGGAGACUAUUUUCAGCCUCACCUGGAGGGGUAAGUAUGAGCUGCAGGUGGACAUGGAGGAUUGGGAGGGGGGCAGUGUCUAUGCCCGAUAUUUGUCCUUCUCCAUUGACUCGGAGGACGAUGGCUACAAACUUCACUUGGGCGGAUACAUCAACGGUGGAGCGGGUGAUGCUCUAAAUUAUGUGAAUGGGAGGAAGUUCUCAACCUACGACAAAGACCAAGACUCCAGUUACUCCAACUGUGCAGACCUGUAUGAUGGAGGCUUCUGGUUCUAUAGCUGCCCAUAUUACGCCAACCCCAACGGAUUGUACAAGGGGAGGGGAGAUGUGGAGUAUGGUACCGGAAUCAAUUGGCACCACUGGAAAGGCUCUUAUUACUCUCUAAAGUCCAUCAUGAUGAAAAUCAAGAGGGUGUCUCUCUCUGAAGCGUAAUUUAUAAUGUAAUGUUUCUCUCUCUCUCUCUCUCUCUCUCUCUCUCUCUCUUUCAGAUCAAAAUGUUCUGUUAGCAUAAACUUGAUUUUUUUCAUGUUGUAACACAAUGGCAAAAUGAAAGGCAUUAAAUGUGCUACUUUCUCAUAAAUUCCACCUAUUUUUUCUUUGUCCAGCAAGAUGAAAAUCAAGAGGGUAUCUAUCUGAAACGUAAUUGGUAAUGGAAUCUCUCUCUCU